AUGUGCUCAAGAGCCGGUUUCAGGCCCUCCUCCCCGCCGAGCGCCUCGCCCGGGGCUACCGCUUCACACUGCCCUCCCUGGUGGCCAUAGCCGCUGCCGAGGGACCCCGGGCACUGUACAAGGGCUUCGUGCCCAAGGCUCUGAGACUGGGUAUUGGACAGACCAUCGGGUUAAUGGUUUUUCAGAAGAGUUUGGAGACGUUUGGGGCGAUGGAGGGGGGGGGUGUAGAGGGGGGAAGGCAAGAGGGGCAUCUCUGGCAGGACCUUCAGCUUAUAUCAGAGGUGCCCUGUCGGACCCAUUUGAUGAAUGUAGCCGAGCUGCGCUUUGGAGCUGCAGAAAUAUGUAAGGAAUUGCUCACGCGAUUUCCCGCGCUAAACGAGAGUAGUCUUGAAGAAUGGCUACAUGCAUCCAUCAGCUUUUUGGCUGCGCACGCCGUGCGGAACUAUUCAGUAUUACUGCCCACGAACGAAUCUGUGAGCCUGCCAUCGGCGCAGCUAAGCGGCUUGCCUAUGGUUAGGAGGUCGCUAUUGGCUCAAUUGGUCAAAGCAUGGCUGACAGGACUGAAUCGACAGAUGCCUGCACGGCUGGAGCCUUUGGUUGCUCAGCUGAUCUCUUUGAUGUACGGCAUUCACAAGGACUCUGUCGUACACCGUGGCGUACUGCAGUACCACCACAUCUCCAAGUCCGGUGGCACGGCCUGGAACGAGGCAGCCUCCGCCAACGGCUGUGUGGUCCCAAAGACACUCGGCAACCACGUGCGCGGAUUCGGUGACGAAUGCCGUUGGGUGGACCCGCGCAUGUAUCGGAACCUGUCCGGCAGCACCCGACUCGUACUAUGGGCCCGAUGGGGUCCGUUCCGGCGGCCCCGGGGGGCCCGCAACUGCUGGAGUCGACUAGCCCGGGUUGCGGGAGCGGGUUUGUCGUACUUCUCAAAUGAAUACUCGUUGCUGGGCCCCCAGCGGCGACAUCAGCAGCAGCAGGAGGAGGAGGAGGAGGAGGGAGGAGGCGGAGGAGAUGCGGAUUCUGGAUCGUUCCUAGGGGCACAUAGCUGUCCUCAGUUUGUAAAUGUGGUGACGUUGCGGCAGCCCCAGCGGCGACUGGAGUCCGCGCUGCGUUUCCUGCAAGUCUACAUCCGCCGCUACUGGCAGGUGGAUGACAGGGAGUACGGGUUGACACGGUUCCGGCAAGUGUUUUGUAACGCCAGCGCCGACCUGUGGCGGUCCCUGGCUCCCCCCGUGGCGGAUAACUACAUGACCCGAUCCUUCCUGGAUGAGGAGGGCUUCCACACAAACCCAGGGCAACUAAGUGUACGGCAUUUGUCCGCUGCACGACAGCAGCUGGUGCAGUUUGACCUGGUCUUGGAUCUGGACGCGGGGAUGGCGGCAAAUGACCAAUUUGUACGACAGGGUUUGGGUUGGCCGGCGGCAUGGUCCAAGGCGAACCAAACCCUUAACGGCACCGUACUAGCCAAGUACCUUGGCCCGGACUGCGGUGUGCGACAACAAGUACUGCAGGAACUGCACAUGGAUCAAAUGUACGACAGGCUGUUGUACAGGUUUGGUCGUACCGUAAACCAGCUAGAUGCCCUCUGGCUCCACUUCAGCGCGGAGCUGGGGCUACAGCCUGACACAACCCCCGGCGCACUGGACCCGGGGGCGGGGCCGGGGGAAAUACGGUGUGGUAUGUUGUGGAGGGGCAGCAACGGCAGUAGUCUCGGCCAGCAGCUUGCCGUACGGGGCCUGCUGCAACAGCCGCCGCCUCUGCCACCUCCACCACCACCUCAACAUCACCGCGACGGGUGGAGCAGCAGUUGACGUUUUGAAUCCUCUGACCGGACGGAAACAUUACCCCCCGGGCGACACCGGAGGGGAAGGGGAGGAGGGGGUGUAUGGAGGCCCGCACACUAAAGCUCAUGCACACAUACAUACAUACAUGCAUGCAUGUAUACAUACAUAGGCCCCGUUCGGAAGCAGCCUCCGAAACCCAACCGCUCUGAAGUAGUCGUCUUCCUUUAGAUCCUUCCCCGGGGUGGAAACGGCUACGGACGUGGACCGGGGCCGUACCGUUACUGAACAUGGCAUGUGCUCACAUACAUACAUACAUACAUACACACAUGCGCGUGCGUGACUGCGCGCGAGCGUGCACCUACAUGCAUACAGUGAAUUUUUGAAAUGAACGGAGCCGUGAUUAGUAGAGGAAGGAGAAGUGGCAUGUCUGUAUGUGUCGGUUGAUUAGCAUAUGUGUUUUGGAUUAGUAGAUGCACGCGGAGGGGUGUUCGUGGGGGGGAGAGAGAGAGUAGGAGUCUGUAUGUUUACCUGUCCGUCUGACUAAUGACUACGUGACGUUUGAUGGUGAGGUUAGGUGAGGUUAGCCUUGAUGGGACGUUGGUAGUUGGACGUUGGUAGUUGGACGUUGGUCGUUUCAUAGGUCGGCAUCAAUUUAGUUGGUAGUGCGGUCUGAUGAGGACAUCGCACCGCGGAGGUCACCACUGGGGGCGGCGGCGGCGGUGGGACCGGCCAGCCCUGACCUGACCUGACUGAAAUUACUGAAUGACCACGAUGUCAGAUUGCCGACAAGCUGUGACGGCGAUGUUGCAAUACACAUUUCCUUUGGGCGCCGAAGCGCAGUGAGACCUUAAACCUUGUGCUGCCCUUCUGUACGGUUGGGGUAACAUGCAUGUCUGCAUGUAUGUACGUCAUUAUGUUUCCUGUGGUUCGGUACCAGAGUGGGGGUGUGUGCAGAUGUCUUUCUGAGCAUGUGGGAGGGAGGAGGGGGAAGAGGGGGGGGGGGGGAAAACCCGUCCUCGUCGUGUAUCAGAAUGUUCGCCAUUGUCAGCAGUGACCAUCUUGGCAAACUCAUUGCAACUACCGCCCUAACCACCAUAACCGCCCUAACCACGUACGUCACCACAUCGCUCCGUAAGAGCUCUGUGUUUUUACCUCGGGGCAAUCUGCGUGUCUGUAGUAUGCAGCGUGAAGAGUGAAACCCGUCACGGCUUUUCCAGGGGUAAAAAACGUUGCAGCGG